AUGCGACAGACUCUUUUACUAACGACGCUCUGUCUCUUACUGAUAGGUCUCACAACCAAUGUACUAGCUCGGUCUCGGCUUGAGCACCAACCAGCAUGGGUACAUCACAGUAGAAGAAAGGGCCAGUUGCACAACAUGCGAGCAAGCAACUUUACAGCGAUCAAGUCUCCCAAGAAAAAUAUUUGGGGGGAGCUGACAGAUGUUGAGACGGCGUCUCUUGUGCAAUGGCUGUUCCAUCAGCCUGAGCUAAACCUAACCGCCGCCGAUGACGCCGGAGAGUGGGACAAUACAAUUCUCAACCCAUACUACGCCGAAAUACUGGUUGGACCUCUGCCGGUUACCAAUAAAACUGCCACCACUUGGGUGCCACUCGAAUAUCCUUACACCAGCAAGACACAAGGCCGCAUACGCAAUCUUGACGCUGACCACGAUACCAUCUACUCUGAAUGGCUAUACAAGAUUAGCGCUUCGAUCGCCGACAUCACUCUGGACCUAUUCAAUGGCACAGCCUUAGGCCUAGACAAUGAUACCAUCAGAAUCUCGGGCAUUAACCCCCUGUGGCAGGAUGACGGUCGGAUCAUCCGUUGGGAUACAUUUUGGAACCUCCCUGUUGACGAAUUCGACGCCAGCAGCAUUCUGCCCCUGGGAUUAUUCUUCAAGUCCGACAUCACAGGCCGUGAUCCAUCUAAGUGGAAACUCGAAGGCUGGUUCUACAAUAACAUGUUCUACGAAUCCACCAACGCUUUUCGAAAGGCAUACUACUCCCCAGGCUUCGGGCCGGUCCUUCCGGAAGAUCAAAAGCAGCCACCAGUCAUGGUAGCUCCAUCAGGAGCACGGUACGCUCUCGACACAGACCAAAAAUACCGCAUUCUAUACGAGUUAGGCCUACAAGAAGCUUUGUCACACUACGCAGGAAACGACCCCAUUCAAUCCAAUACCGCAUACCUAGACUCCUACUACGGCUUCGGUCCAUACACAUUCGAGCUCGUUAAAGGCUAUGACUGUCCAAUCUACGCCACAUAUCUCAACACCUCAUUCUACGACUCUGACUCAACACACACCCACGUCGACAGUCUCUGUCUUUUCAAAUACGACGCCGACUACCCCAUCCAGCGACACACCACCCAAAGCUACAUCUCCAGCACCAAGAACAUCUACAUCACUCUCCGAUCCGUCUCCACCAUUGGCAACUACGACUACACCAUCAGCUACUUCCACCUCGACGGCACCAUCGGCAUCGAAGUCCGCGCCUCAGGCUACAUCCAAGCCGCCCACUCCGCCCACAACACCAACUAUGGGUACCAAAUCCACUCGGCCCUCUCCGGCUCCAUGCACGACCACAUUCUCAACUUCAAAGCCGACUUCGACAUCCUCUGCACCGCUAACUCCAUCGAACUCACCUCGCUCGUCCCAAUAACCACCACAUACCCGUGGUCUGAUAUUAAAACCCGAAACACAAUGCACCUCUCCCGUCGCAUCCUCUCCUCCGAAACAGAAAGCCGUCUCAACUUUCCCCAAUCAGCAACAACAACAACGCUCAGCAUCAUAAACCAAGACGCCCGUAACGCUUACAACGAAUACCGCAGAUUCUGCAUCCUCCCUUCCUCUACCUCCUCCGGAGGAGGUACAAACCACCUAACAAUCAUCAAUUCCACAUCUCUAAUCCACGCAGCGCACUGGUCCGAACACGACAUCCAAAUCACAAAACACCACGACCACGAACCGCGGUCCGCGCACUCAUACAAUAGCCAAGACGUAUAUAAUCCUGUGAUCAACUUCGACGAGUACUUCGAUGGCGAGUAUUUCAAUCAGACGGAUCUGGUGGUGUGGGUUAAUCUGGCGAUUCAUCAUGUUCCCAGUACCGGGGAUUUACCGAAUACGGUUAUGACCACCGCGGUGGCGGGGGUGAGGUUUGUGCCGGUUAAUUAUUUUACGGGGGAUCAGAGUCGCGGGACGGUGAAUAUGGUUAGGGUUGAGUUUGGAGAUGAGGAUGGGGUGGAGACGUUUGGGCAGGAGGGGGAGAGGGUGGAGGUUGUGGUGAGGCCGAUGGAGGAGGUGCUUUGGGGGUGA